GCUUGAUCCAAUCCUCGCCCUUCGCUUGUCCUCGUUCAUUCUCGCUCUCGAUUCCGUUUUUCAUUGGCGGCUUCAUCCCACCAUCGCGCGUGUUUCGAAACAAUGAGGAGGCGGGCUGGGAUCGACUCGUUUCAGGUUGAGCCGACCAUCGAAUGGCCUCCAGUCCCUUUUCUGCAUUGCCGUAUAUUCUCUGCUACCUACUGAUGAACGAUAGUUGGUAGGACUCUUCCCCAAUGAGCGUCUAGCAUGGGAUGAUGAUGCCCGGGACCACGGGUCCAUAGAGAGUAUGACAGAGAAUACGGGGGGGUGCUUAUUUUGGGGGUAAUGGGUAAUAUAUUACAGAAAAGUAGCCAAAUGCGCGCGGGUACUACCUACAAGUCUACCUACAAGUCUACCCAACGUAAAUUUCUAAAUUUGUUAUUCCUCGAAACCCAUUUCUCUCUUUUCGAUCUAGAUUUGAUCACUUGCCAAUUCCCUCGGAAUACCACCUCCUAUCGUAGCCCAAGUUUAGAAGACUGAUAUUGGAAUGAGCUUUGACAUUGGCAUCAACAUCAACAUCAACAUCAACAUCGACAACGCCAAUCAAUACUAGAAAAAGAACAAUGGAUCAUCCAUCGAGGGUGCUAGCGCAGGCGCGAGAGCAUCUCGAAGCUCUAAAGCAAUCCGGUCUCAGCCGCGAUGCCCUGCUCGCCUUACUAGGAGAAGAACCACAACAACAACAGCCACAACAACAACAGCAGCAGCAGCAACAAGCUACUAUGAUAGCUGAAGCCAUACCAAAUUUCAGUUAUAGAGAUAUCAAUCCUUUCACCCAACAGCCCCCCAGACAACGAUCUUCCGUCUCGUCAUCCAGAUCCAGCUCUUCGAGUCGCGACAGCGUAUUCUCCGCCGCCUCCAUACGAAGCUCUGUAUCGUCAGCGUCGGCCCUAACGACUAUUGACGCGAAGUUCUGGUGCACGUCCUGCGAUAAGACGUUUAAGAGGAAGUUCGACUGGAAGCGACACGAAGAAGAGUUCCACGAGCGAUCGCGAAAAUACCCCUGCCCGAGCUGCAACCAAAGCUUCUGGGGACCCAAUACAUUCAACCAACAUCACAAGUCGGCACACGGCUGUAAAACCUGUCCGCAUGCUGACACCGUAGUCAAGCAUUUACGGAAGAGAAGGGCAUGGGGCUGCGGCUUUUGCGCUGCGAUGUACGGCACGUUCGAAAAGCACAUAGACCACGUUGCCGCACAUUUCGAGUCCGGAAGUACAAAGGCUGACUGGCUGCACUCUAACGUCAUCUACGGCCUACUACACCAACACCUCAUCCAUGAGGCAUGGAAGGCAUUGAUCGUGAGGAAGCAGAGUAAGUUCAAUGGUCACCAGCCCAUGUUCAGCUGGAGUCCCGAGUCAACCGGACGAGCUCAGGGUUUCGUAGAGAACGAAAACCCUGGGCAGUUGCAAGACUUAUUGGAAUUUUUCGACGGAACCAAGGAGUCCGCGGAGAGCAUCGUCGAAAUGGCGUACACUUGCGUCCAUAUCGUAUUCCGACCAAGGUCAGCUUCCGGCAGUCAAGGUACCUCUCAGUCUGCAUCAGGUUCAGCUUCGCCCUCCACAAUGCCCAAACACAUAUCCGUCUUGCCAAGGACUCCGUCGGUCCCGCGGCGCUCAGCAUCUACAUCCGCACUACCUGGUGUAAGCCGACACGGCAGACGAACACCGUCCAUGGAUUCCAGCCGCACUGCCCCUGCUCAAGUUCCAAACUUGAACUUGGCAAUGCCGAUGGCGUCAAAUAACCAACAACACAUGAUUUGUGCAUACCAAGACUUUUCCAUGCAAUCAACUCAACAACAGGGAUAUGUACCUCCGGUCAGCACCGACAAGGCAUUACCACCAGAGCCGCUAGCACCAUCGCCGACUUCGCCUAUGAAUAUCGACUUUCCACUCUUUAACACUGGAGAUGGGCUGCUACCGCCGCUCAACCUAUCGUCAGAUGACUGGCAGAGUUUUACGAGCACAUUGAUUGAAGAAGAGGAGCCGCCGCAUCCCUUAUCUUCCAAUGACUUCCCCAUGACAUGGGAUGAUCUCGGACAGUUCCAAUCGAAUCCCCAACGGUGAUCAAAGUCAGUUUUGAACAGGAGAGGCGUCAAAGCCGAGGAAUUAAUAGUGCAAUGUACAUUUUUAUUAUGCCCGGGUCAUGGAGCUCGGCUGGAAUGCAUAAUGUAAUGAUAGCGGACGAUAAAUAAUUGCAUUGUAUCAUGUUCGAUGUGAAAAUACAAACGAAAUAUUGCGAAAUUGAAUAUAACGUCUUGGAAUUCAAGGACUAAGCCGAUUGAAGUGCCAUGUUCGAGAAACUACCUACCUACC